UUCACAAUACUGUAAUCGUUAGCAUCUUUGAGGAUGGCCAAGGCGGAUAAGAAGCCAGCAGAGGAGAAGAAGGUGGGAGAAAAGGCUCCAGCCGAGAAAAAACCAAGAGCGGAAAAGAAGAUUCCAAAAGAAGGAGGAAGUGAAAAGAAAAAGAAGAAAGCCAAGAAGAACGUAGAAACUUACAAGAUAUACAUAUUUAAGGUAAUGAAGCAGGUGCACCCUGACAUUGGUAUUUCGAGCAAAGCCAUGGGAAUUAUGAAUAGUUUCAUAAACGAUAUAUUUGAGAAGCUUGCUCAGGAAGCUUCACGUCUUGCUCGCUAUAACAAAAAGCCCACAAUCACCUCAAGGGAGAUUCAGACUGCAGUAAGGUUGGUCCUGCCGGGAGAACUGGCAAAGCAUGCUGUUUCUGAAGGGACAAAGGCCGUUACUAAGUUCACUAGUUCUUAGGCCAAACUCUCCUCCAUAUUUUUGUAAAGUUGUUAGUGGUUAUUAUCUUGUUUUUGUAAU